AUGUCCGUCUGCACGCUGCUCUUCUUCUCACUUUUGCGGCGGCAAUGGCUGCACUUUGGCGAGGACCCGGAGUCUUACGCGUCUCUCAAGCGUGUCUACAUCGCUGGGGAAGGAUCUACUGACUCGAAAUCUUGGGAACAGUUUUGCGCCGACGGCUACUUCGAGGUGAACGUUCCUGGGAUAAAUCGGACAGUGGCACUUGUCAACAUGCAGGACGGAGCGGUGCUGUGUCAUAAACACACUGGGGAAUUGAUACCUACAUUAAUGAUAUGGUUAUUGGCGGUAGCUUUGAGCUGCGGUCUUUCAGGCACUUUUCUGGCAGCGUACCUGCAGCUAGGCAAUCCGACCAAAAAGAUGAUUUUCUGGAUUGGGAUGAUGCCAGGAAUGUUGCUGUUCGCCACUGGAGUGUUGGGAUCAGCGUCGUUGCUUCUAUGGCAGCGACAUUAUAUUCGGUUUGAUAAUGGAGACUGCUUCAGUGGCGCUGGCCAGGAAUUUGUGCUGUACCAAAUGAGCAACAAGCCUUAG